CGCGACCGGUCUUCGGCUGCGACUGUUAAAAGGGACACGCAGCCUCACAACGCGCAUCACUACGAACACGACGAAAGCUGGAGGGGUCCUAUAAGCUCACCCAGCCCUAGAACCUGCGGCGAAGGCCUAUCCAACAGAACGAGCCGUGCCGCAGCGAAAAUAUUCAUCUCGUAAAUUUUAGUCUGCGGCCGGAAUCCCGAUAUAGGAGUCUAUAUUGUAUAGCUUCGGAGGCAACUUGCUUAAGGAGCACGUCUAGAUACGAAACUCCAAUGGUUGCUGAGCAGUAUCUUCCACCUUGGUUCAGUGUUGCUCCGAUGAUGGAGUGGACGAACAAUCACUUUAGGACAUUGGCCCGUCUCAUUUCCAAACAUGCAUGGCUCUAUACAGAAAUGAUUGCGGCCGAGACAAUAAUAUAUCAGAGUGGUGAUCUGGACAGAUUCUUGGCUUUUACACCAGAGCAGCAUCCAAUAGUGCUUCAGAUUGGAGGAAGUAAUCUAGAAAACCUGGCAAAAGCCACACAACUUGCACGACCUUAUGGAUAUGACGAGAUUAAUUUUAAUUGUGGAUGUCCUAGUCCAAAGGUAGCUGGGCGAGGCUGUUUUGGUGCGAGUCUUAUGCUUGAUGCAGAUUUUGUUGCUAAGGCUAUGUCAGUAAUUGCUGCCAACUCUGAUGUUCCUGUGAGUGUCAAAUGCCGGAUUGGUGUUGAUAACCAUGACACAUAUAGUGAGCUCUGUGAUUUUAUAUAUAAAGUUUCUACAGAGUCGCCUACUCGACAUUUUGUUAUACACUCCCGCAAAGCGUUCCUGAAGGGACUCAGUCCUGCCGAUAACAGAAAAAUCCCUCCCUUGAAGUAUGAGUUUUACUACGCCCUCUUGCGUGACUUUCCAGAUUUAAGGUUUACAAUCAAUGGGGGAAUUAAUAGUGUUGAUGAGGUAAAUGCUGCAAGAAAUGAAGGAGCUCAUGGUGUUAUGGUCGGACGUGCUGCCUAUUAUAUUCCAUGGGAAACUUUGGGCCAUGUGGAUACUGCUAUAUAUGGUGCACCUCGUAGAUAUCUUACUCGUCGUCAGGUACUCGAGCAAUACCAGAAAUAUGGUGACUCAGUCCUUGGAAAAUACGGGAAGAAUAAGCCAAAUGUUCGAGAUGUGGUCAAGCCUAUACUCGGCCUCUUCCAUGCGGCGCCUCGAAAUGGGUUGUGGAAGCGCAAUGCUGAUGCAGCUUUUCAACGUUGUGUGACUCUCAAAUCCUUCUUUGAGGAGACUCUGGAAAUAAUUCCGGAUUGGGUUUUGGACAAACCUUUGGAGGAAUAUUCAUCAAACUGUAUAGUAGAGGCUUUUGCCAACUCCAAGAAUUUGCUACCUCCUCCAUAUGCAAAAGAAGAGAAAGAAUACUCGGAACAGGACAGGAUGUAUGAUUAGUUACAUAUAUGUAGUCAGCUUCUGGUCAUAUAUAGCAACAGCAGGAUAUAAAUGGAAUCCUGUGCAACAUUCCUAUACGAUAAUUGGAUAAAAGCUUUAUAAAUCAUCUUCAUACAAAAAUUUUGGUAACUUAGAUAUUAGCCACUGUAAGAUUUUUGACAUACAAGAAUGUUCUUGGACAAGGCAGUGUAUUGGCUUAUUUGUUAGUAUCAAUGUAUCAUCAUACGUUUUAGAAGUAUUUGAUUUGAUUUAGCCACUUGGCUUAAUGAGUGGCGGAGUUGGGAUGAUAAAUUGUGAACAUGUUAAAAUAUUGUGGCAAGAAUGUGUUGCACAUGUUACAAAUUAGUUUUGCAUGUAUUUUAUUUCUGUAGAUUAUUA